GAUCUUCGGCCUGGUGACUCCCUUGUUCCAGACUAUUUGCUUACGGUGAGGAGCUAAUGCAGGUGGUCCUUUUCGCCAAUAAGGCUCAUCCAUGCUGUUCCUAGGCCCCUUGGUAUUGGUUGUCUCAGGGCCUGGUCUCAGGAGCCCCGCUUGGCGCACAAAGAGCCAGCAUGUUGGUUCGUUUAUCAUCCACUCAUGAUCACAACACCAGGAGACUUCAGCCGCACGAUGCUGUGCCUUGUGGGUGCCUGGUGAUGAGUUGCGAACUGGGUUCACUGAACCAGCCUAAUAAGUCGGCCACCAAUGGUUGUCAGUCUUCAUUAACUGGCACGACGGUUCGCGACCCAACUUCCUACAAGGCAGAGUCUAACAAGAGAGGCCAAUCAAACAACUCAAGCUUAAUGGAACCCAUCGACAACCAGGAUUGGUCACGAUGUUGCGCAAUUGAACGAAGCAAUUCUCGGAAAAUGCGAUCAGCCUGUGUUUAAU